CAUUCCGUUCAGUGCUUCACUGCUUAGUGAGAAGACGGUCUGGCUGCUGCUGGAUUAAAAUGUCGCAUUUUCUCGAGGACUUUCUCUCAUGAAGACACCGUUACCUUUUUUUAAAUUGAGGAUUUAAGAACACCCGCUUUUCAUUGAAAGGGAUUACUGUGUGUUUGUGCGUUUGGAUUCAUGAUGGCUCGUAUGUGGAUAACCGAUCUCAGAGGCCGAGGACAAGCCCUGUUUGUCAUUCUUUGUCUUUUUACGCUGCGCUCCGUGACUGGUCAGGCUCGCUACUCCGUACCGGAGGAGCAGGCAGAGGGGUCUUUUGUUGGAAACAUCGCUAGAGAUUUAGGUUUGGAUGUGGCGAGGCUCGUUUCAGGUAAAGCUCGUAUCAUUACAAAAGGAAGCCGACAGUACGUUGAUUUAAACCGAGACAAAGGCACCCUUGUUAUUAAAGAGCGAAUCGACCGAGAACAGCUGUGUGGAAAGACGACGCCCUGUAGCUUCAGUUUCGAGGUAAUAUUAGAAAAUCCAAUCCAGCUUUAUCGGGUAACCGUGGAGGUUAUAGACAUAAAUGAUAACAGCCCGUCCUUCCCAAAGGAUGAAAUAAGUUUGAAUAUUGUAGAAAAUGCUGGAGCAGGGACUCGCUUUUCACUCGAAAGCGCAGAUGACCCCGAUGUUGGAAUUAAGGACAUUCAAAAAUACAUUCUCAAACCAGUAGAUCAUUUCAAAUUGGAAGUACAGAGUCGGACUCAUGGAGGAACACUGAUCGAAAUGGUUUUACAAAACCCGUUAGACCGAGAGAAAGAGGAGACGCACACGCUCGUGCUCAUUGCUUCAGAUGGAGGGGAACCACGCCGAUCCGGGACAGUGCGUAUUCAUAUCACUGUGCUCGAUGCGAACGAUAAUGCGCCAGUGUGUAGUCAGUCUGUUUAUAAAGCAGAAGUCAAGGAGAACUCUGCAGAAGGAACAGUAGUAACCACCGUGAGUGCAAAUGACGCAGACAAGGGAAACUAUGGUGAAGUUACGUAUUCCUUAGCGCAUGUCGCCAGAGAAGCGAAGGAGCUUUUUGAAGUAAAUGUUAAAACUGGAGAAAUUAAAGUUUCAGGUAAACUAGAUUUUGAAAAAUCUAAAUCGUACCAAUUAAACGUUAAGGCUAGUGAUCAGGGAGGAUAUUCUGAUACAUGCAACGUUAUAAUUCAAAUAAUUGAUGAGAAUGACAACAUCCCGACAAUACAGAUGAUGUCAUUUUCAAACUCGAUAUCCGAGGAUUCUCCUCCAGGUACAACUAUCGCUGUUAUUAACGUGGAUGACGAAGACUCUGAUGGUAACGGUGUUGUCAAGUGCUCCAUUAACGCUGACAUGCCAUUCAAAAUCGAGUCUUCAUUAACAGGAUAUUAUACUAUUGUAACCGAUAACUUAUUAGACAGAGAAAGUACUCCAGAGUAUAACAUCACCAUAACGGUCUCUGACCAAGGCUCCCCGUCUCUGACUAGCAGGAAACAGAUUCAUGUCAAAGUGUCUGACGUAAAUGACAACCCUCCCACAUUUGACCAAUCAGAAUAUAGCAAGGCGGUACCAGAGAAUAACUCUCCCGGGUUUUCUGUGUUCACUCUCAGUGCAAGUGAUGCAGACUGGGGCCAAAACGCUCAUGUUUCUUAUUUCUUGGAGGAAAAAAAGAUUAAUGGGGCAGCUGUGUCUUCGUUAGUGUCUGUGAAUUCAGAAAGUGGUGUCAUUCACGCAGUGAGGUCGUUUGAUUACGAGCAACUCAAGUGGUUUGAAUUUAACGUAACUGCUCGUGAUGCUGGAUCCCCUCCUCUGAGUUCAGUCUCAUUAGUUAAAAUAGUAGUCCAGGACCAGAACGACAACCCUCCUCAGGUGCUGUACCCAGUCCAGACUGGUGGCUCUCUGGUGGCUGAACUGGUGCCUCGCUCAGCAGAUGUGGGCUAUCUGGUCACUAAAGUGGUGGCUGUGGAUGUGGACUCUGGACAGAAUGCCUGGCUCUCCUAUAAACUGCAGAAAGCCACAGACAGGGCGUUGUUUGAAGUGGGCUUACAGAAUGGAGAAAUAAGAACUAUCCGCCAAGUCACUGAUAAAGAUGCUGUGAAACAAAGACUGACUGUUAUCGUGGAGGACAACGGUCAGCCCUCUCGUUCAGCUACAGUCAUUGUUAACGUGGCGGUGGCGGACAGCUUCCCUGAAGUGCUGUCUGAGUUAACUGACUUUACACAAGACAAGGAGUACAACGACAACCUGACUUUCUACUUAGUGCUGGCUUUGGCUGUAGUUUCCUUCCUCUUCAUCACGUGUUUAGUGGUGAUUAUAUCAGUGAAGAUCUACAGGUGGAGACAGUCUCGGGUCAUAUAUCACUCCAACCUCCCUGUGAUUCCGUAUUAUCCACCACGUUACUCAGACACUUUGGGGACAGGGACUCUCCAACACGUGUACAACUACGAGGUGUGCAGAACGACUGACUCCAGAAAGAGUGACUGUAAGAUGGGAGGAGCCGGUAGUCAGAACGUGCUGAUAAUGGACCCCAGUUCUACAGGGACGAUGCAGCGGAUACAGAGUGAGAAGAACAUCCUGGAUGAACCAGACUCUCCUCUAGAGGUGAGGAAGAAUACACAACAUAUUUACUCCUUGAGAUAA